UUUAAUUUCAUUUAUUAUUAUUAUUAUUCAGCUUAUCAAUCGUAGUAAGUUUUUUACACAAACGCCAAAAAGUACCUCAGUAUGACGUCAAUAUUAUCUCAUCAUCCUGUAUUUGUUAAUAACUAUACAAAUCUGUACAAACCAAAUCUAAUAAACCAUAAUCUGAAAUCAACUGAUGAAACCAACUUCAAAUGUACAAAUGGUCCAACGUACAAUGUUGAUUUAUUACAAUGGCAAACGAAUACAUCAAGCAGUUCAUUGGAUCGGUUACGAUUGCGCAAUAAUCGUCGAAAAGAUUAUAUUCGUGAAAAUAUUCGUCAACUAAGACAAUUAGAAGACAGUAUAACAUUUAAAAAACGUGUUGCAGAACAAUGCGGUAGAUCAGUUCUCUCAACAGAUCGUACACAAAACAAUACAUGCAACAAAUUUAUUACAUGUCAUCAUGCACAAACUAGACAAUCUCAAUCAAAUGAAAAUCCUAUAUCUUCGGAGACUGGAUUUAAUACAUCAAUUAAGUCAUUAUCAAAAACUGACCCGAUCAAAUCUAGUAAACAAAAUAAAUAUAGUAUUAAUUUAAACAAAACUGAUAAUCCCAAAUAUCUACAAUCAAGCAACUCAUCAAUAUCUACACAAACUGAUAAUUAUAUAGAUCAAUUGAAGCAAACUAUUCCCCCACAUAUGCCUAAUUCACAUAAUGUUUCUUCUAAAACUAAGGGACAAUCUCAUCAAUCUUUAUCAUUAAGAACAAAUAAAUCUGAUAAAAAAAUACAACGAACAACAUUAACACCAAUUCAAUCAAUUAAAAAAACAGAAUAUUUACGUGCACAUUCUCGUGAUAUUGAAGAUGAAGUUGAUCUAAAAUAUUUAAGUAGUAUACCUAUUUCACCUAUACAUAAACAUUUGAAUUCAGCUAAAACAUCUGUACCAAAAGCUGAAUCAGCUAAAAAUGUUGAAUUUAUCAGACGUGAUAUUAAUUUUGUUCGUGCUAAUGCUCAUAUGGCAACAGCACCAAGUUUAAAAAGAACUGGAAUUCGACGGAUAGCAAGUAUGAAUUCUUUAUCGUUAAAUGAUAAAACUCAUCUAACGGAUUCAAAUAUAACAAAAUCACAAAUAUCGCAUACAUCAAGAAUGUGGCCUGAAAGACGAUUAAAAAGUGGGGUUAUCCCACCUUACCUAAUCAAAAUGAAACAAAAAGAAAAAGAACGGAUUCAGAAAGAAUUGGAAAACCAACCUGAUCCAGAUCAACCUCCAGGACAUCAGAGAAUGCCGGAAGAAGAACGUCUAAAUACAUUAGAAUUGCUUAACAAAGCUCAUACUCAGUUGUCAGAGGAAUUUUCUCACCUCCCAGUACGUAUGGAUACAUUGAGAAUUCGUUCUAGACGUGCAGAAAUUGAAAGUCGUCUCAGUGAAUUAGAACAAGCUAUUGAAAUAUUCAGUAAACCGAAAGUAUUUAUUAAACCUGGUUAAAUACAAAUAUGACUUAAAAUAACAUGGUCAAUAAUGUAUAAAAUAUUGUCAUGAACAACUUCUAUGAUAAUCAGCUGUACUUCACAUCAUAUAAUGACCGAGUAUUUCGAAUCAUUUUUUGUUUGGGUGAAUAGUUUUACCGACUAUUUCUUCUGGUACAAUUAGUUUACCAUGUUUUUAUUGUAUGUAUAUGUAUGUUUAAUCUCUCAAUCGAUUCCCAUAACAAAAGAAAUUCAAUGAAAUGAAUAGUAUUAGUUAUUUUGAUGGAGUUUUGUUCUCUGA